AAGGAGCGCGGAGAUGCACGGUGCCCGCAGCCUCCACCAGAGCCUUCUCCGCCUCACCCCGCUCCGCGUCCACGAUGCGCCUCGUGCCCCACUGUGCCUCCCGCACCCCUGGCGUCCUGUGCGCGCUACUCGCGCUGCUGCUGCUGCUGCCGCCGGAGCCCCAAGUGCACGCCGGUCCCGUCGCCACGGUGCUGAGGGAACUCCGCUGCGUCUGUCUGAGCACCACGCCUGGCAUCCACCCCAAAACGAUCGCCAACCUGCAAGUGACUGUCUCAGGCCCGAAGUGUCCCAGGGUGGAAGUGGUAGCCUCCUUGAAGAACGGGAAACAAGUCUGUCUGGACCCAGAAGCCCCUUUGAUCAAAAAAGUUAUCCAGAAAAUGCUGGACAGUGGAAACAAGCAAAACUGAUCAGGAGGAAGGACCGAGGGCCGUGCUUUGGAAAGUUUGCCCAGUCUUCAAAGAGCAGGAGCCCUCUUUUUCUGUGGAGGCUCUGGAUCUGAUAAAGAAAGAAGAGUUGAUUUUUUUCCCUAGCAUUUUACUAUGUGGAUUCCCUGCUCUGAAGAAAAUGGGGAAAUGCUGUUUGCUCCUGAGUUUCUCCUUAGUUUUUGAAGUGUUUAUUAUAAUAUUUCCUGCUGUUUGCUGCUACUUGGCAAUUAAUCAUUGGGUGUUAAUCAGUAUUGUAUUUCUAGUAUAUAGUCCUUGUAGUGUUAGUGAAAGGUUGAGGAUUUGAUGGGUGAAUUAUGUUUUGUUAGAAUGCUGCUGAGAGAGAGACAUUCUUAUCCUCAUUCUUCUCAUGAAACAGGAAAUAUUUUAGUGUUGUUUCUUGGAUAACAUGUUACAGAAUUCCUUUCUCUUGGCCUGGUAUGCUCUUUAAGUAACCUUAUACUUAUUAGAAAGUUGGGUAUGUCAUACAGUAACCUAUGUAGGAUAUAUUAUUCCUUAUUUAGGAUCUGUAAAUAAGGAAUAAUAUAUUCUCAUCCUAUAACUUUAGACAUUUGAUGUCUUCUUAGUAUGGCAUAAUGUCAUGAUACUCAUUAAAAUUUGAUUUUGUAUGCUAUUUAUUAACUAUUUUAUUAGGUUAUUAUAAUUUAGACCACUAAAUAUAUGUUUUGCAUAGAUGAAGAAGAUAAAAAGAGGUAAAUUCCUGACUUGUAGUUCCUGUAGAAAUGACUCUUUAUGUUUUUUAAAUAACAAAUUUAACAAUGAUAGGUGCUCUUAAAGUUUUGAAUGCACAUCUGAUACAUUUAGUCAUCAUUUAGUCUUCUAAAAAUACACAGCAUUUCUAAGACUUUGAUGCCUAUAACUUAAAGAUUUUGACCAUUUUGUUAUAUGUUAAUGUAUCCACUAUAUUAAAAUGGCACUUUAAAAAAUAUGCACAUCAGGGCCAGGGAUUUAGCUCAGUGGCCCUGCCACCUGCCUCGCAAGCACAAGGUCCUGAGUUUGAUCCCCAGUACCAAAAAAAAACUGCACUUCACUGGCUUAUAAUAAUUAUUUGUGUUUUUGGAGAAAAAAAAUAAAAGAUUCCUAAACUUUA